AUGUACAUUUCAGGUGACACAGAGCGAGCAUUAAAUGUAGCUGUGACACCACUGUGUGAUCGCCUGGGUAACACUGUUGCUAAUAUACAGCACGGUGAGAUGAAUAAGCUUACUUUUUUUAUCACAACUUACAUGUCAAUUUUAUAUUUAAAAGAUAUGUCAACUGAACACAAAGAAUUAUGAUAUGCCUAUUUUGCUUAUAGAAUUAUGAGAUCUCACUGUACAAAUUGAAUUAUGAAAGAAUCCUCUGUAACUUGUACAUCUUGUAAAUUCUGCUAUUGUAUAUUGUCCCCAGGCUUCAUGCAGUUUGUGGUCAACCCACUGUUCAAGGCCUGGGACAGAUUCAAUGGAACUGAAUUAUCUGCUAAAAUGCUUCAGCACCUUGCCCACAACCAGGCGCAGUGGAAGGCUAUCAUGGACAAGGGAGGAGAAGGGGAGGAAACUACUUCUGAACCAGGGGAUAAACUCCUGGCCGAAGACAGGCAGAAGUCUUCUGGUGUCCUAGAAGAUGAAGAUAUGGACCAGGCAUCCAGUGUGACAGAUGGUCCACAGGACUGUCCUCAACCUUCUGACACCAAACAUCUCCAGGCUGAUGAGGACUAUGAUGGAAAAAGUGAAGAGGAUGAUGUUGUUGAGAAUGAUGUUAACUUGAUCUACCACUACCAAACUGAGCUCGACGAGGCCGAUAGGGUCCUCUGUUCCAUGAACUCUGAUGGGGAGCAGCUGCUGGCUUUUGGGGGCAACAACCGAAGGUUCAGUGUCCCUUACGUUGUCCGCAAGGAUCUCAGUUUUUAUUUGGGAAUGAGGAAAGACACUUGUGGUCUAGACAACCAGUUCCUUCGACGUCAAAGUCUUCCAACCACUGCCAUGUACUUCCAUACCAAUGCGUCCGCCGCACACAACACAAGUCCUAGAAGCCUUUCUAUGGAUGCGCUGCUGGCUAGACCAAAGAUUAGUAACCUGAGUCCUAGCAUGGAGGCCUGUUUUAUUGGAAGGGCCCUUGACCCAGACUCGUUUAUUCCCCUUCAGAACCAAACCUUGAUGCUUCAAGGUGGAACGUUGACCAGGUUUACCUCCAACCCUACAUCGCGGCGGGCC